UUUUACAUUCCUCCUCCUCCUCCUCCUCCUCCUCCUCCUCCUCCUCCUAACAAUGUACAAACCCAGCCUUUCUCUUUUCUUCCUCCUACAUCUCCUCACCACCACCACUACCACCACCACCAGCAACACCACUCAAACACUCAGGAGCCAUACAACUCUACAAUCAGUACCAGAUGACCACGGAGACCACCACCACCACCACCACCACGACCCUCACAAUAACGAGAUACUGACGCAGAUGAAGGAGAGAACAGAAAUACAAGAACAAGAUGAGGCGCAAAAUCAAGGACAGGCAGUACACAAACAAGAGGAAGGAGGACAGGUACACGAACAGGGGCUCUCAGAAGGCCAGGGAUAUGAGGCACACGAGACGAGGGCGGCAGACAAUGAUACCUACAUCUCGCCGGCUAUGAGAAGACACCAUGAGAUUUGGAUGGAGAGGAUAAUGCAGAGUGAAUAUGUGAAAAACAGAACUAGUGGAGGAGUGGACCACAGAAGGAACAGAACCACGGAGGGACAGGGCAGUGUGGCGAACCAUGUGGAGAAGAACCAAGGGGAGAGUGGAGGUGGGAGAGGACGACUGGAAGACAUAGUGGAGGUAUAUGAUAAAGUAAACGGUAUAGAGAGAGAAAAUGAGAUAGAGAAUGAAGGGAGAAUGGAAAGAAAGGAUGAAGAGGGGAACGAAGAGAAAGAAAAUGUAGAAACUGAAAAUGAGGAAGGAAGAGAAGAACGAAUACAAAUGAGAGAGAUGGAUGAUGAAAUGGAGGGAAUAGAGGAAGAAGAAGAAAAUGAGAUAGAGGAUGGCGAGGAGAAUGAAACGAAGGAUGAAGAAGGAGACGAAGAGGAAGAAGAGGAGGAAAAUAUGAAUGAAGUAGAUGGUGAAGAGAUAAACGAAGAAGACAACAAUGACAACGAGAUGGAAGAGGAAAAGGAAACAAGUAAACAAAAUGGAAGAGAGAGAAAUAAAGAUAAGAAGAAGAAGAAAAGGGAGGAGGAGGAGGAGGAGGAGGAGGAGGAGGAGGAGGAGAAGAAGAGGAAGAAGAAGAGGUCCAGGGCAGUAGGGAAGAUCAUUCAUAGAGGGAUAAACAAGAAAAGGAAAACGGGAAUGCCAAAACCUUACUCUGUGGAUUAUUCUUGCAGAUGCGGCCAGCACAACACACGGACGUCCAGGAUCGUGGGAGGGGACGAGACGAAGGAACACGCCUAUCCUUGGAUGGUAUCAAUGCAGCUGACCAAAGGAAGGACUCAUGUGUGUGGCUGCAGCAUCAUAACACCUCACUAUGUCCUCACGGCGGCCCACUGCACGGAAGGGCUGUUCCCCUUCGAGCUGGUGGUGCAUGUGGGAGAUCACAACCUGGCAGUGAAAGAUACGUCCAGGGAGAAGACGAUCAAGGUGGCAGGCAUUAUUGAGCAUCCCAGAUACGACGUGGAAACAACUAACAACGACAUAGCCCUCCUGAAGCUGGCGGAGAGUCUGGCCUUCACGUGGAGAGUGGCCCCCAUCUGCCUCACCCCCCCAGACCUCACCUUCUACAGGGAGAGUGUGAGAGUGAUGGGGUGGGGCCGCCGCUUUGAGAAGGACAAGCAGAAGGCCACGAUCCUACGCUAUGUGGAUGUUAAAGUCCUGCCUAUGAACAAGUGUCGCUACAACUUCCAGCUAGAGUCUGACGAGGUGACGGGGAAGAUGCUGUGUGCUCAUGGAGGCUCACGGGACACCUGCCAGGGUGACUCGGGCGGGCCGUUGGUAUGGUAUGACGCCUCCACUGACCGUUACUUCCUCGUGGGCGUCACCAGCUGGGGCGUGGGCUGCGGCUUGAAGCAAUACCCUGGAGUGUAUACCAAGGUGUCUAAAUUCCUGCCCUGGAUAUACGAGGAGACGAAAAAGUCAUCGUACUGCGCCAGCUACGUCCCAAAGCCAGACACUAAGAAGAUCAGAGUGCACAGGAAGACCAAAGGAAAGCAGGAGAGCGGUGUUGUGAGCAGGAUGAUUAGAGAAAACGGGGAAUGGAUUAGAAAACAGAAAAAGAAGAAUGGCGUGACGCGAAGACAUGGCAAGGCGCUAACGGAUGAAGAGAAGAAUAAGGGAAAGGAUGGGAAAAGGAAGACUUCGAAGAAAAGGAACAGAAGGAGGAAAAAGAAGAAUGAGAGGAAAAUACCCGCAAAGAAAACGAAGAAAGGACUCGUGCUUGGAGGAAGCCAGAAUGAGAUGCAAGAGGACCAAGGCACUCUCCCCUCCUCCCUGGCAGGUAAUAUCCGGCUUAGGGGAGCCUUCCUGACAGCCCUUGGUCACCGCCAGGACGGGCCAGCCCCCAGCGGAAUAGCCAGCACCUCUCGCCAAGCCACGCACACACGGAAAAAGCCACCACAAGUCACCACACGCAAGGAUCACCACUGGACCGCCGCCAUGCUGGGGUUUGGGCGCUCAGCUGAUGGCGUCCCCAGAGUCAUGUCUCGCGCUGCGGACUGUGGCUUUAUUUACAGAAUUACACGAAAAUCAGUCAUUCUCAGUUACGUUUAA